UACCCAGUUUAUUCUUGUCCUUGGAAGCCGGGAAAUUACUCUGCUCUAGGAGGUUCCCCCAGAGGCCAACCUUGUUCUUGGGGCUUGCGGAUGUCCCCAUGGCUAAGAAGAGGUGGAAGCCUAUCUUACUCCCAUAAAGAUGCUACCCAAAGUGUUGUGUUGUUAUGGAAUAGUUCUUGCCAGACUGGCUCCUACUUCAUGGAACUUGGGCAAGCAGCUGGUAUAGAUGUUUCCUCUGCAGCCAUUUGACUAUAGGACCCAGAAUAAUGGCAGUGACAUCCAUUAGCCAACAGCUAACCACUAGCCUGGCUUUGAACUCUCCAGAGGCUCUUGGGAGAUUUAUGGAAGGGGCUGAGAUGGCAGAUGGGGAUCCAAUGGCCUCUCCAUAUCUCUAGAGAGGUUAUGGCUCUUUCAUCAGAAUUUUGCGGAGUCAUUUAUAGUCAUCUAGCUAGCUCCUUUUAUUUUAGUUCCGGGAUGAGGAAACUGAGGCUGGGGUCUAUGGCUAAGGUCACACAGAGUCAGAGAGAGCUAGAUUCAAAAGCUAGCCACUUAAAGCUAAGCAUAGUGGCAUAUACUUUUAAUCCCUACUCAGGAGGCAGAGACAGGUCAGCCUGGUAAACAUACUGAGUUCUUGGGCCCCAGGUCAUGUUUGGUCUGUCUUUCCCUGCUGGCUGGAGGUGCUGUCUGUGGAGGCAAUAGGCCAGGUCCCUAGCUGACCUUCCCGUCAAGGAUCAACCUUUUGAGUCAAGAACAGGGAACUUCUUAGAGGAGGCACUUUCUAGGCACUCUACUACUGUGGGCUCUGAGAACCAUGUCCCACACUUAGCACUAGGGGGCAGCAGUGGACCAGCAGGCCACUGUGUCUGACACGCUCAGUAUCUAUCUGACCUCAGUAUUUUCUCCUUUAGGAAAAAUGGAACAAUUAUGGGUACCUGCAAACAAACCCAGGAGUAUCUGCAAAGCUCAGCAGUAGGAAGGAUGUGUUUGGGUCCCUUGGUGAUUCCCAGGGUACAGAGAAGCCAGGCAUUGACCUGAACCCAGGGGCCGCCCUCUGCUGCCUUUCCACUUCUAAUUUUGGACUGUAACUCAGGUUGCUCCCCUAACAUCCAAUAAAUACUAACUGUGCUCAUUACAGUAGACACAGAAGUCCAGAGAUACUACUUUUUCCAGGCUGAUUUUUUUCCUGUCUUUGGUCAGGCGGGGGUCGGGCCGGUGGUCAGUGUUCUUCUGCUGACCAGAGAGUUUUAGCCUAGUUGCUUAGGGACCAGUCAGGACUACCAAUAGAGUAUAUGGGACCCAGAGAUACUGAGAUCAGGCUAGACCCUGUGUUCACCACAGCUGGUCCAGCAUGAGGGCCUUAGGUCCCAUGGAGCCUCAUUCAGGUCUUACCUUCCAGAUAUUAGCUGCCCUCUCAUGGCCUUUCCCGCCGCAGACUCCACAUUCUACACUCCUGAUCGCCUAUUGGCUCCUCAGCCUCAGGUCCCUGCCUAGCCCUGUAGCCAUAUUAAUCCUCAUCUUGACAUUUUGCCUGUCCCCACCCCAGCAAUGCUAUGUCUUUUGAGGCCCUGAAAUGUGCCCUGCCUUAGACCAUUGAAGUUGCCUUCUGACUGCUGCCAGUUUUCCCUGAUGGGCCUCCUCAUGCCAGCUCAGUUUGCCUCUUCCGUCAGUGCUGUGCCCCUGCUUCUACCCGUGAUGAAGGCCAGCAUCUGUGUCCUGGUCUUUACGACUAGGUAAGACCUAGCUCCGACUCACUUGGCUUCCCAGCACCCACACAACAUGACACCCAGGGUGUUAGGUGAGUGGAGGAAGAGAAGCAAAGAGUCAAUGGUGAGGAGGCAGGGCCUCAUGAGGCACAGCCUCAGUAAAGCCUGACAGACCUCUGAGAAAGGGUAACCUCUCAGAAAGGACCCCACCACAUCAACAGUCAUCAAGGUAGCACUGGAACCUCCGUCUCCCUUGUAACCCUGUAUACUGUGGGUCUCAGCAUAGAGCCCAUUUGGGCCUUCUUGGACUCUGGCCUAUAUAAACCAGAACCAGAUGAGGCUGAGGUGGGGACUACUGCCUGGGUCCCCCUUGCAGAAACCUGUCAAGCACAGCUGGAGUGAGUCUCUUCUGGGGCUUAGAGGGCCAGCAGGAGGCGGGGGACUGGGAGCCACUGUGGGUUUGGGCACAGCCUCUCACUGCAAUAUUGAUGGCCCGUCAGUGCGGCCCUGAUUCCUGUGCUUUCAGUUAAAAGGUUUCUGUUGUUGUAGCUUAUGCAGUUGCUCUGUUGCUAUGGAAACAUGACAUCAAAAUGACGUUUCCCGUUUAAAAGCUUUUAACUAAAUUCCUGCCUGUCAGAUGUAGGCCCCAUUUUGAGCGUGGAGCUGCCUCGAGCGAGCGAGUGAACGAGUGCACUGCCUCUCGCCCAUGGUGCGCUGGCCAGGCCUGAGGCCCUGCCUGAGUACCAUCCUUAACCCUGCAGGUGCCUCCAGCAUGGCAGCAGCCGAAGUGCCCGGCUACCUUGUGUCUCCUCAGACGGAGAAGCAUCGGAGGGCCCGCAACUGGACAGAUGCCGAGAUGCGCGGCCUCAUGCUGGUCUGGGAGGAGUUCUUCGAUGAGCUCAAGCAGACCAAGCGCAAUGCCAAGGUGUACGAGAAGAUGGCCAGCAAGCUCUUCGAGAUGACUGGGGAGCGCCGGCUAGGAGAGGAGAUCAAGAUCAAAAUCACCAACAUGACCUUCCAGUACAGGAAAUUAAAAUGCAUGACAGAUAGCGAGUCCGUCCCGCCGGACUGGCCCUAUUACCUAGCCAUUGAUAGGAUUCUGGCCAAGGUCCCUGAGUCCUGUGAGGGCAAACUGCCGGAUGGCCAGCAGCCGGGGCCCUCCACGUCCCAGACCGAGGCGUCCCUGUCGCCGUCUGCUAAGUCCACCCCUCUGUACUUACCGUAUACCCAGUGCUCCUAUGAAGGCCGCUUCGAGGACGAUCGCUCCGACAGCUCCUCCAGCUUACUGUCCCUUAAGUUCAGGUCAGAGGAACGCCCUGUGAAGAAACGCAAGGUUCGGAGCUGUCACUUACAGAAAAAAAAACUGCGGCUGCUGGAGGCUAUGCUGGAGGAGCAGCGCCGGCUGAGCCGCGCCAUGGAGGAGACAUGCCGAGAGGUCCGCCGUGUGCUGGACCAGCAGAACAUCCUACAGGUCCAGAGCCUGCAGCUUCAGGAGCGCAUGAUGAGCCUGCUGGAGAAGAUCAUCGCCAAGUCCAAUGUCUAGGCCGUGGAGAGGAUGCCAGGUGCCACGUAAUCCUAUCUGGAGGCCCACGCAGCUCAGGGCCCUGCCUACCCAGGCAGAUUCCAGAAAGGGGACAGGCUUCAGCCUGGCUUCUGUGUUUCUCUGAAGGGCUCUCCAGGACCCCAGUGGCCCUGGAAGACUUUGGGACCCCCAUCUCCAGCACUGAUGCCAGGGACCCCAGGACGACUAGUGAGAAGGUUCCAGAAUCCACUCUCCAAUAUAGUCACUAUCAUAAUACUUGAAACAGCUUUUGAUAUUAAAUGUACUUUCAAUUA